CGUCUCGGAAUAAGAAUAUUACGCCUGCGACAAUUACACUGGUCUGUCAUGUGCUAGCGGGAACGUCUAUACGUCGACCAAAAAAUUCCCUAAUUACAUUAGUUGUUGGUGCUCUGUAGGGUGAUAUAAGGAUAAUAUUCGGAACUUCUCGAUUCAAAAAUUCAAAUAUCUUCGUAGUGCUGCAUUGAUUAGAAUCUCAGUCUGCCAGAAGCUUUCGUUGAAGAAUCGCUGUACCGGUAUUGACGACGGUACUAUGCCGUAUUGCCUUUGCUAAAUAACUUAGAAAUCAAUUCACGGUGAAAAAGAAGUUUAACUAACUUACAAAAUGGUGAACGGUAUUUGGAGUUACGUUAUGCAACUGGCUUUUCUCAUAGGCCUCCUCGCCAAUCUAUUUGCUCUUUGGAUCCUCUACAAAACGGCCUCUAGACGAAAUAAGAAGCAUUUGUUUAUGCUGAGAUGCUUAGCUGCCAAUGACAUAAUGGCCCAAAUUGGAAUGGUUAUUCUUACAAAUCCAUCAACUUAUACUUACUUCCAUGCAUCUAUAUAUUGUCCAAGUUUUGUGGUGGUUCGGGCUUUUGGUCUCGGUUCUGGAUGUGUAGCAUUUGUUAUGGCACUUGAAAGAUGGCUGGCUCUCACAAGACCGUUUUUAUAUCACCAACUUGUAACCUAUGAAAGGCUGAAAAAGUUCUUGUUUGGGCUAUGGAUAACAGCAGUUUUAUUAACAUAUAUGCCUCUAUUUGGAUUUGGCAUAUACUAUGAUGCCACAAAAGAAACCUGCAUUAGAUUUAGGUAUGGGUCACAACCCAAAGACAAAGUUUAUGCCUAUAUCUUCUUUGCUUUUGGAACAACUUUAUUAUUGUGUAUAGCUUUUUGUAACACGUCUGUGAUAUGCGAACUUUCCAGGAUAAGAUCCCAGCAACGUGUUUUAGUAAGAAGAAUAAGCAAAUCGAUAAUCAGCAACAGAAUUGGUGCUACCAGAUAUCAGACUCCAGAAGAAGUCGCAUUUGCAAAGUUGAUGGCCUUUGUUUGUAUUAUAUAUGUUGUAUGUUGGGCACCGCAAAUGAUGACAGUACCUCUUGCCCAGUACUUUCAGUUGCACAGUUUAGCAGAUGAAAAGUUAAGAAAAUUCUUUUUGAUUGCUGAUACUGGAUUGAUCAUAUACUUACUGCUAGAUCCCUUCAUUUACGUGCUUCAAGGAUACUUUGAAGGGCGUUUAAGGGUUAAUUGUUGUAGCAGGCAGUCAGACAGUAAUCUAUCCAUUCCUUCAAUAACGAAAACCCACCAUUCCGACAUAUCAGUUUCAAUACCUUUUGAUGUAAAGGAUUCCAAACCCGAUGAUGAAUUCGUUGUUAUGAAUUCGAUAAAAUCUACUUCUUAAGUUUCGAAUGUGAUAAUCAAAUACGAACUUUCCACGUUGUAUUGGUUUAAAGCGAUUAGUUGGACUUAAAUAUGUUUAAAUAUAUUUUUUAAAUAUUUGGGAGAUAUGUUUCAUAACAUAGGCUAAAAGCCAAUUGUAGUUGGUUUUAUUUUAAAAACUUUUGUGUAGAAGUAGUAGAGAUCUUGCGAUAAAUGAUCAAAGACAUUAGAUAUUAAUAUACAUGUUGUUCUGAAACUCGUUUGGUUUCUAAAUAGACACAAAUUUUAAAAUAAUUACUAUAGUAUUUUCUGUUUUGAUUUCCAAAUCGGAAAGCUUUUUCGUAAAUUCUUUUUUUACAAAUUGUAUUUUGGUUCAGAGACUUUAUAAUUUGGUUUUAUUCUAAACAAGAUAUUUAAUACACCUAAAAAAGACGUAAUUUAUUUGACCAGAUUUUUUUUGACAAGAAACUAUUAUAAAUAUUUUAGGAUGCUCCUAAAACGCUCUAUGUAUUACAGUUUUUUGCCGAUAAAUGAAUAUAGCUAAUAUAUUAUAGCAAAUAUGUACAGCUGCGGCCACUGAAUAGAUUACACCGUUACAUAUCUAGCAGCCGAUUUUUUGAAUUUUUACCUUGCUGCGACCCAACGCACUUUUUACGUCAAAGUGACGUUAAUUACCAGUGUCGGACCCAGAAUAGGUUGAUUAAAAUUAAAAAAUCAAAAUAAAAGGUAAAUAAAUAAAUAAAAAAAAAAUCAAAAUAAAUGUAAAAAAAGGUGUAACUAUUCAGUGACACAGCUGUAUAUUAUUAUAUUAUACUGUAACCAAUUUUGUUACUUUGUCCAGAGAUCCUAGUAUACCGAGUAACAAGAUUUAAUAAAAUCAAUAUAAAUAUUUUUAUAAUAAAAUUAUACGUUUAAAAACAAAAUAAUAAAAAUUUAACAAAAUUUACGAAAAAAAAUCCUUUUAACCAAUUUCUGCCGAAUUUUUAUUUUUCUGAUUUGUUUAAAAGUUGAAUUACAUAUUAGAAGGCAAUAAAAUGGUUACAUUAGCUUAAAAUAACUGACUUUAUUCUAUUGCAUGUAUUAUCUUAUUUAACUACCUAAGUAUUUUGGUUUGGUAGUUAGAGACCGUGACCACAUGGUAACAUAUGGUAACAAGGAGUAAUAAUAAAGUUUUAAUAUUUAUUUUGUGUGAAAAAUACAGAAACAAUCUAUAAAAAGUCCAAGGCAAUAUUUCUUCUACAGUACUACAGAACCUUCGCUAACAAAACUUUUUCUUUUAUUCCUCGUUUUCUUUUAUUCCUCAGUUUAUUUAUGUAUUCUUACUGCAGUGUCCAGCUUUCAAGUCCAUACUGUUGUAUCGAAAACAUGUAACACUUCAGAGCUCUUAGGUACUCUUAGUUCUAAUCGAGUACCUAAUAAUAAUAAUCGAAUAAAGGAUUUUAUUUCAGAUAAUUGUUUUCAAUUUUACAAACCCAUUUAUUUGUAUUUCUAUGCUGGCCCAUAUUUUUCUUGUUCGAUCAUUAUUUUCUGAAAUCCGGGUUCUUAGAUAUUUGUGUUUUUCAACCCUUUAUAUCGUUCUUGUUGUAAUUAUAAAGAGUAUCUCCCCCUCCUCUAUAUAUUCUUCUUCUUAAGGAGAUAGUAGCGUCAUGUAAUUUACUUGACUAUUUCUGUCGAAUUAUCUCUCUUCUGUGCGUGUUGAUUUGCUUCGGAUAAUGAGUAACUAGUCAUGUCCUCUAUUUAGUCAGACCAUCAUACUGAAGAUCUUCCUCUCAAUCUUUUGCCCGCUGCGUUGCCUUCAACUAUCAUUCGUUCCAUGCCUUCUCUUCUUCUAGUUUUAUGUCCAAAAUACCUAGACAUAUAGAGUAUCUACUAUAAAUAGAUACCAAAUAGGGUAUCUAAUAUCUCCAUAAACAGCAAUUUUUGACUAGAUAUCUGCAGUUACAUCUAAAAAGAGAUAUUUCUUGACAAUAUGGUCACGUAGGGCAGAAAUGGGUUAAAGACAAACACAUUUAACCGGAAUUUUAUUACAAAAUAAAUAAGCCAGUGCCUAAUAUACUUAAGAAUAGAUUAGAAUAGACUCAUAUGUAUUUUGGUUUCUACAUUGAUAUUUCUAAAUCCUUCAUGAGCAUUUUCAGUAAAAAACUUUAUGGAAGCACACAACUCCACCAAUCAUGAUUUUCUACGCAAAAUUAAUCGUCAAAUAAAUAAAGCUGCAGUUAUGUCUGCAGAAAUAAAAAUAUAAAAUAGCAAUGGAUACGGCAAAACUACAUAAAAUUAAGUAUAAGACCUAUAUACAGAGCCAAUACAAACCAAGCCAAAAGGAUAUUAAGAUCCAUUGAGAUGAAUAUUUUGAGAAUUAUAAUGAACACGAGUCGUAGGAAUAGAGUAGAAAUCGAAAGGAUCAGAAAUAUACAUAUAUGCAAAGGACGAUACAGAUAGAUGGAGGGGAGAAUGUCAUUUUUUCUGGUAUGACCAUAUAAAAAUAUAGUAGAAAAAGAUUUGUGAGGGUAGUUCUUGAAAACAAACCCAUUAGUCAUUGGCUAUUAGAAACGCCUCCCAAAAGGAGGACAAAAUCUACACACUCUGAUAUGAAGCUUUUGAAAAUUUGACAAAAAGAAAAUUUUCAGAUGUAUAAACAUAGACAAAAUAAAUGCCUUUCAAUAAAUCUUCCAGAUGUAAUGCGUGACAUGCUACCGUGUACUCAGAGUCAAAAGAACUUGGCAACGAGAUAAAUGUAGUUGAACACCAGAGGGGAUUAAAAAAAAGCCAGAUCACGUUAACCAAAUUUUUGUUUUAACAAAGAAUAACAUUUAAACUUAAAUCUUAUCAUUGUCGACUUUAAUAAAGCUAGUGAUACUGA